AAAUCGUUCGUUUCUAUGGAAAUAUGCGCACACUUUGCGAAGAAUAACUGGAUUUGAACCAGGCGCGAGAGUAAAAUACAUAAUUUUCACAUCAAUAUAUAUUUGAAAGUUAAUCAAGUCUUCAAUAAUCUGACAUUGGCAGCAGUUGUUUACUGGCUGAACUUGAAUAAUAAUGAAGAUCGGUUACUGAAUAAGUUAACAUGCCUCAUUACGAUGAAAGUUUUAUUUACGAUGAUAAUCAAAAUCAGCGGAGAAAUAAAAGGAGUUACAGAGUUUACAAAAACGGAGUAAAUCCCUUUUUGGAGCCCAGCGAAGUACUACAUGUCCUAGAAGAAAGAGGAUCGUCAGUUAUAAAACGAAAUAUCAGAAAUAUUAAGCAGCGUGGCCACCGCUUUAAACCUGAUUCGCUUGCGAGUGAAAAUAUCCAUCAGAGCAAACGUACGGGAAAUGUCAAAAUAUUAAUAGAUCCAUGCCCACGUUUCACUUGCUAUGACGAAAAAAGAUACUACGACUUUCAAAACAACAACAUCUUAGCACUCACUACUUGCAAAAGUUUUGAUAAUUUAACAUUGACCCAAGUUAGAAGGAAUGGCGAUAAGGAAAAGAACAUCAGAAACGGGAUUAGUCUGCAAAAUUUGGUGGACGAAGAAAAUAUACAGCAUUAUGUUUCACCGAGAGAAGAGCCCUUCUCAGAUACAAAAAGGGGCGAGACAAGAAAUUCAUACUCUGUCGUUGACGGACGACGGUAUCCCACGCAUCGAAGAGUUUCCCGCGGAACUGCGGCACCAGGUGUCGGCAUCUAUCGGCAAAUAAACGUUGAAGGAGCAGCUCGAAAAUUAACACGGGAGGGCGACGGGUCCGGCGAGCCAGGCUCGGGGCACCGCGGCUCGCUGCGCGGCGCCAACAAGCUCGCGCGGCGCGCGCGCUCCUUCAAGGACGACCUGCUCGAGCGCAUCUCCAACAUGCGAUCGCCGGCGCAGCAGCACCAUCCGCCGCAUCUGUCUUCAGCUAUCCGGUCGCACUCGCCGCUUAGUCCCAAGAUACGCAACAUGGCGUCCAAGGCAUCUACGGCUGAGGAAGGGGAGUUAACACCGGCCAAAGAACUGGAGGGGCUAGUCAAAGAAGUAACCUUCGGUUUGAAACAUUUUUCCGAUGUCAUUACCAAGAGAAAGCUGGAAAUGCUCCCCGACAACGGCACUAUCGUUUUCGAAUCUAUCGCUAAUAUUCAUAAAGCAAUAAAGCCAUAUAGCGGUCGGUCGCCGUCGCUGCUGAGCGCCGUGAAGCGGCUCUGCAACGCGCUAGCGACGCUGAUCCGUCUGUGCGACGAGAUAGCGGCCGUGAGUCUGCGCGCCGACGCGGGCAACGAGGAGAUGGACGCGUCGGCGCUGUCGGCCGAGCACGUGUCCACGGUGGUGAAGGGCGUGACGGCGGCCGUGGAGGAGGUGGCCGCCCUAGCGCAGCAGCACAUGGCGCGCCCGGCGCUGUCUCCGCGCCCCGCGCUCGUUUCACCGCGUGCUUCCACGCAACGGAACUCUUUACCCGACAUUCCGUUAACGCCGAAGGAGCGGUCGCUGCUGACCGGCGACGCGGGCCCGGAGUCGGCAGUGGUGCGCGCGUCGCAUUCGUCCGAGUCUGUGCUCGACGCGCCCGACUCGCCACCGCCUAAGCCGGCUCGCCCCAACAGGAAAAUGGAGUUGGCCCCACCUCUGCCGCCCAAGCGACGCUCGGCAAAUGAAAACUCCCUCAUAGCACAAUCCAUUGACAGAUUGUCCCUGCAGUCUCACAGCAGCGGCUCGCUGGACUCUAUGCUCAACGUGUCCAAUGAGGAGGACCGUCACGCGCACGAGUCCAACAGCCACGACCGCGUCUUCGUCACGCCACCAUCUUCCGAAAUAGUCGGCAUAUGCAGCUGCCACAGCGGCAGCGAGAUGCGCUCCUCGCUCGAGUCGCAGGAAUCUCACGCCAACAGUAUUCACGUCCACUCGCACUCGAACCACAAUCGGUACGUCGACCAUUUCUCCAAUGAGUCAGGUUUCGCAUCGCAGGGCCAAGCCGAAAUGUCUACGGAACAUAGUUUCUCGUCGACUUUCGCUGCUCACCACUACUCGAGUCACGCGGACAGUAAUUUUGAAAGUACACUGUAUGUGAACGAAAUGAUGGGCACCCGUCAAAGUAUUGAGAGCUUCAUGAAUGUACAUAUGACAAAUGCAACCACUCAUCAGUCUGUAAGCACAAUGUUGCCGAGCAUCACGUCAGACGAGAGCGAGGCGCCGCCCGAGCUGCCGGUGAAGACGCGGCGCAACAACCGCGCGGACGUCCAAAAUAGCUUCCCUAACGUUGAAAUCAGACAAAGCCCAGUGUGCUCGCUGCACGGCGAGGCGCGGCCGCACACGCUGGCCGAGCACCACCCCACGCGGCCGCCCCCGCUGCCGCUCAAGAAGAAACACAUGUUUCAAAGCGUCGCAUACAGCGUUAUGGCGUAUAUGGAGAUGUUCGGCAACUGCAGUCACCCGCCCAACAACGCGGCCGCGCCGCCAGACAUGUUCCGGCACUCUAUUCAUACAUACAAUCUGGCAAGUGCCCAACACACGAGCGGGAGCACUAUGGUGCAGCGCCACCAGCACGUCCAACGGUCCAUAGCGCAGUCCUUUACUGUGCAGCACUUUAGUAGUCCACCGGUAUUGAGUGGGUCCGAGGACAGCGUCAGUUUGACCACGUCUGGCGGGACCAGCCCCGUGCCUCCCGAGCUACCGCCAAAGAUGAAUAAAACUAAGAUUCAAAUCAAUUCGAGUAAUGAACUUCUACCGCCUCCCUCGCCUCGACCUUCAUCACACAAUAGCUCUACGUCCGUUGAAGACACCACGCACAACAAUCUGAACUCUGAUGAAUCUUACAUUAGUACUUCCACUCCGGCCAAGUUCCCCGUCGAGGACGAGCACGAGUUGCUGGUGCCUGAGCCAACACCGUCACCUGUGCCGUCGCAGAAGAGCGAAAGCAGUACUGAGCCUAUUGCGGCCACAAAAGACUCUGACACCGCUCCUCCGGACGCCGAUCCUGAAGACAUCAUACUGCAGACCGACAUUAGCUCGAACCUACUUCUGAAGGCGCCCAGCAAAGAUGGGCCUGAGGUGCGGGGCGGACAUCCGGACGCCCUCAUCGUCCUCGCCACUAAGGCUACCAAAGAGACGGACGAGUACUUCGCGUACCAGGAGGCGUUCCUGGCCACGUACCGCACGUGGGUGGCGCCGCGCGAGCUCGUGGCGCGGCUGACGCGCCGCGCGCACCACUUCAAGUCGCGUCCCCACGAGCUGCGCUCCACGCUCAGUCUGCUCACUAGGGUUGUAAAUGAUCUUACGAUGACGGACCUUGAAGAAUCUCUAAUGCAGAAAAUUAUGGAAUUUAUUUAUUGGCUUAUUGAAGUCGAAGAGUUGCCAAUCGCUAAAGCACUAAGGCAAAUUUUGGUUGACAAGCAAAAGCAGUUGCAUAACCAACAACAGGCCAACACUAGAUACGAAUACGAGUCUCCGUGCUACUCGAGCGUAUCUCUCCGGCGCGACACGCUGCUCGACUUCAAGCCGUCCGAGCUCGCGGAGCAGAUGACGUUGCUGGACGCCGCGCUGUUCGCGCGCAUCACCACGGCCGAGGUGCUGUCGUGGCCGCGCGACCAGUCCGAGGAGAGCUCUCCGAACCUCACAAGGUUCACGGAGCACUUCAAUAAGAUGAGCUACUGGGCACGCUCGCGAAUUUUAGAACAGGACGAAGUGCAAAAACGGGAACGCUACGCCCGGUGCUUUCUAAAAGUUAUGAAGGCGUUGCGUAAAAUCCACAACUUCAACUCGUACCUAGCGCUGGUGUCGGCGCUAGACUCGCCGCCCGUGCAGCGGCUGGGCUGGCCGCGCGCCAUCGUCGAGGCGCUGCACGACCACUGCGCCAUCAUCGACUCGUCUUCCUCUUUCCGCGCCUACAGGAAUGCCCUGGCGGAGACGCAGCCGCCCUGCAUACCCUACAUUGGUCUAGUACUCCAAGAUCUGACUUUCGUCCACAUCGGCAACCCAGACCUAUUGCCCGACGGAAGCAUCAACUUCACAAAGCGAUGGCAACAGUACCACAUCAUGGAAAAUAUGAAGAGAUUCCACAAAGACAGACAGUACAAGUUUAAGAAGAACGAACGUAUCCAAGCCAUGUUCAACGAGUUCGACGACGUGUUAAGUGAGGAGGCGAUGUGGCAGAUAUCGGAGAGCCUAAAGCCGCGCAGCGGGCGACCGCGCGCCGCCGCCGCGCCCGCGCCGCCCGCGCCGCCCACUGCCUAGCUAGCGUCGCUGCUCAACUGCGCCCGGCUGACCAUGGCG